AAAUCUAGUUUCCCAAUUUUACCUCUCAAUUGUGUUAGCGAAUGCUGCCGGUCUAACCUUGCACCAACCUGAGGCAAGCAGAGGUCUUGCACAAGCUGCAACUAAUCUGAAAAGCAGACAUGCUAGCGAUUAGGAGCAGUGUUGCUCCCAGAAGGGUUUCGGCUGCGUCGCAGCAGGCGGCGCUUCCUCGCUCCGCGUGUCUUGUGCCAAGGCUGCACGCGCGGUCUGUCGGAUGGCUUUCUGGCGUCUCAGCAGUUGAUCUUUCAGCAUCUGUUAGGCCGGAUGUCUCUGCAGCCUCGUCCGCGAGCGUUGCUGCCACGCUUCCCCAGCCGGAGCAGCAGUCAUGCUCUGCGCAGGGUGUUUUCGAGGCCCUGCGCAAAUGCCGCACUGCUUUCAGUUGCCUGGCAUUCUGUGCUGUCUAUGCAUUCCUUUCGUGGGGCUCUGCGCCUGGAGCGCCUUUCGCGUCGGCAGCGUUGGCUGUGGAUGCCCAGUCGACAGGUCUCACCAGCGCCGCUAAGAGCGCCUGGGCCGGCCUCGCAGCGGGCUUCCUCCACACGCUGUGCGGGCCAGACCACUUGGCGGCUCUGACGCCGCUCACCAUCGGGCGCAACCGCUUCGCCGCCUCGGCCCUGGGCGCGCUGUGGGGCUUUGGCCACUCCACCGGCCAGCUGAUCCUGGGCCUAGUGUUUGUGGUGCUCAAGGAGCGCUUCCACGACUUUGUGCCCUUCCUGGACAAGUGGGCGGGCACCGUGGUGCCGCUCACGCUCAUCGCCAUUGGCCUCAUGGGCAUCUACGAGUCGUUCUUCGAGGCCAAGGAGGGCGAGGGCCACGGCCACGGCGAGGAGGAGGCGGCGGCAGUCAACCUGGCGCUGGCGGGCGGCGGCUCCGUGGCGGGGGGCAAGUCGGCGCAGUCGGGCCUCAAGGCGGGUUUCGCCACCUACGCCACAGGCAUCGUGUACGGGCUGCAGCCGGACGCGCUGUUUGUGGUGAUCCCGGCCUUGGCGCUGCCCACCAAGCUGGCGGCGGUGGCGUACUGCUCCAUGUUCGUGAUCGGCACCGUGUCGGCCAUGGGCGGCUACACGCUGCUGAUCGGCACCACCAGCCAGGCGCUGAUCAAGGAGCAGCCCUGGCUGCAGAAGCACCUGUCCACAAUCGCCUCCGCCAUCGCCAUCAUGGUCGGCCUGCUCAUGCUGGCGGCGGGCAUGGGCUUCGACGUGCCCUUCUUCUCAUAAGCAGCGCAGCGGCGCCUGCUCAGCGGCGCCUGCACAGCGGCGCGGGCCUGAUUGCGGCGUUUAUAGCCAGUGGCCGCGCGCACGGCUUGAUGACGCCCGGGGCAGCAGGAGUGUGGCGCAUGGCGCAAGGCGGCGGCGCAAGGAAGAAUGGGCGGUGGCAGCUCUGACUUGCCGGUCUUGUGGGCUUGGAAGUUGGUCAACGGGAGCUGUGGAAGUGGAGCGGGAGCGUGGAGGGGCGCAGCAGGAGUCGGCGGGGUAGCAGCAGGCGCGGCGCGGGCGGUCGGGUGCUGCCGCGGCUGCAGCCGCAGCCGCAGCCGCCGAGGCGUGGCUCAGCGGUUGUGAGGCGCUGGGCGCCUGGGGGGCCGCGGCGGAGACGGCAGCCAACCGCAGCUUGCAGUGGGGCUACUACUCAUUGCGGGCUUGGCGCGAGCGGCACACCAUGAUUGGGCGGGGGCCGUCAGUUGAGCGGCCCCACCCCCAGUGCCGUCAGGUCAGCUCGGUGCGUACACGGGGAGGCCCGGGUGCCGGCACGGGGCCGGGGCCCGGGGCCUCGACGCUGCAGCCGUGGUGCCGGGGCUGGGCGCCUGGAGUUGGACUGUGGGCCCGCGAGGUGCGGAAGCCGGAGGCCUCGGGCCGGAGGCCUUGGGCUGGCGGCCUCGGGCCGGAGGCCUCAGGCUGGCGCUGCAAGUUGGCUCUGGCAACAAGGCGGCAUGCGCAUGCGGCGCACGUCAUCGACUGUGAGGGUGGCGCGGACGAAGCCGCAAGCUAGCAUCAGGCCUGAAUGCCUGCCGUGCUCGGUGGGGGGCGUGCGUGUGUCGGCAGGAGUGUGGACUGGGGUGGGGCAUCAUUGUUUUCUGGGGUGGGGGCCGGGGGUGCGUCGCGCGUCGUGUUUUGGGGGCCUUGGUUUCGCCGGCUAUGUCAGGGCAAGGCGGGUGUUGCGGGCGGGCUGGGCUGGGCUCAAACACACUGAUGCACGAGCUUGAACUCGUGCGGGCUUUUUUCAGGUGCAGCGCGCCGCGCUGCAUCCGGCGUGGGGCCAGCGCGGCUUGUUGGGUUUGGGGAAUGGGGUGGGCCAGCCAGCCUAGCUUUGCUUCUGUCACUGGCAGCGUUCCGAUCAUACAAUGCUGGGUAGGGUGCGAAGGCAGACGACUGUAGGGGCUUUGGGGGCUAGUGACCGAGUGGGGCCGAAGGUCUGCUCGCUGGUAUAGUGUCAGGCGCGACAUAUUCUAUCAACAAGGCACAUUGGGAUUUUGAGGAGGCGUGGACCCUGGGAUUUGACUGGGGAGUCGGACCCACGGCGCCAUUGCCGUGCGUGUGUCUUCUUUUGUGCCAGUGUCAACGGUCAGCAGUUACGGGUUUCACGCGCCAACAAGGACUUUGACAGGGGCGUCCUAACUAGGAGGCAGUGCUGCAGCUACAGCGUCAUUGGACAGCGUUGGGCAGGGUAAUUGUCUGGCCGCUCGGACCGCUGCAAGCGUCGGCCUGUCAAGUGUGGAGAGAUGCGUGGAUGGAUGAGUUGGGCGUCUGUUGGCCCAUGGCGCGUGUGGCAGUGUGGGUGGCAGGAAGGUGAUGUGCCGGUGCGUGCCUGCUGAUAUGGCCGGGCACUGACUGUUGCUAACCGCCAGCGUGCGUUGUGAUGGCGAUAAUUUGCAAGGUAUGUCGGGACUACCGUCUCUUACAGCUUAACAGGACCCAAUGCCGAUGUGGCGGCAGCGCUGAAUACCCUUCGCGC